AUGAACGCCGCACUCGAUGCGUUCUGGGUGUUCAAACUCCGCUGUAACUCCGCCGAACACAUGCAAGUUCUCCGCGAACGCGACUCGCCCAAGUUCACACGCGCCCUCUUGCUCUCGCCUGCUUACAGCUUACAGGCGCAGUUGUCUGGAUCACGCACGGUCGCUGGUUGCUGUGACAUGGACUCCGAUUCAGAGAUGACAUACUCCGGGCUUGACGAGGGUGCCGGCACGUCAAUCCCCUUCAUGCCAGACACCGUAUCUAUCCGACGCAGAAGGCGACGGCCAGGAUUUCAAGAUCGUACCAUACUAUCGGACGACUUGACCGUCAUAUAUGAACCACAUACAACCACCCCGCCUAUCGAUGUUCCCGAAUCGACCAUUGAAUCAACUAGAGACUUCACCAUGAUUCCUCCCAUCCAGACCAUUGACGCGACGACCUCGAGUCCGUCUUCGAACUCCUCCGACGAGAAGGUGCCGCUCAGUAUCGAGGCAUUCCUCCAGUUAAAAUCGACUCACAAUAAUGCGAAGACUUAUGGGAAACGGAAACGAAGGGCUGUAGUCGACCUCAACCAUGGCUCCAAUGGCUUCAACUCGGACGACGCUGCCAUGGGCUCAGGCUCCGGUGAAGAUGAUACCCAGGAAAUGAGUGGUGUGACUUCAGACACCCUUCCCAUUCUUCCUCUCAAGAAACGUAGACGUCCGAACCGUCGAACAAAGCCGCUUGCUCAACGGAUGUUCGAGGCAGCAGUACUCUCCGGUGUUGAACUCCCGCCAUCGAACGACGCACAUACACCCACUCGACGACCCUUGCCUUUUCAGACCAUACGAGGCCCGUCAGAUUUUGGCGCAAUACGAACAAAACGCACUCGUCUAGCGCAUAUAUCGAGCUCUCCGAGUACUAACUCUACGGAUAGACGGUCACCCAAGUCCGGCGACGUCUUUGGGGAAUCGACAUCCAAUACGGUCACCGCAAUCCCACAAGACACCUCGAAGUCAUCGAAGGUAGUCAACGCGCCCGGAAAGUCCGGGUCUACGAGCAAGGUAUUUUCGCGUAGCCGCAAUGGCUAUAAGCCAUUGUCAUUCAUUCCUCUCAGCGAGAUGAUUGCACACAAUUUGGGCGAAAUACGAACAAUACGAACGCAUAUAUCGAGCUCUCCGAGUACCCACCCUACGGAUAUACAGUCAACCAAGUCCGACGACAGUACGGUCACGGCGGUUCCACAAGAGACAUGGAAGUCAUCGAAGACAAGUUCUCGAACCAAUGUGUCUGGAAAGUCCGGGUCAACGAGCAGCGCAUUUUCGCAUAGACGCAAUGGCUAUAGACCAUUGACAUUCGUUCCUCUCAACGAACACGAGGAGAUGAUCGCACGCAGAUGGGGAACCUCUCGCACCAAGGGAGACCGUAAACUCGCCUUGGUAAAGACGCUGCUACCGGCACAAGGUCCACAACGCGUUCACUCACCCUCGAAGUUAUCCUGCGGCCCAUGCAUAGAUGACCAUCGACCUGCGGCGCAUAGAAUUCCUGCUCCGAACGACUUCUCGGCGGAAACACGUCUGCACAUCGACCGUGCUUCACACAACGACGACUCUUCUCUUGCUCCUUGUCACCCUUCUGCCUCCAGUGUAAACGCUCCUGUCUCUGACGCACCUGUGUUUUCCAUGAAUUCUUGUGCCCCAGAACCGCCUAAUCUUCCCCAAGCCUCUUUCUCGAAUGCCUCUCCACUUAGUACUCGCCGUGCUCGCAUACGUCCAACUCAACCUGAGAAGACUUCAUCCGGACCUCUAUCAUCUACGCAGAGCAGCUUCCUUCCGACCUUUCACAAUCUCUUGCAGUCACUCACAGCGUCUCAAUGCCCCUCGUCUACCUCUUCUUGA